UGCCCAGUGGUUUAGUGCUCAGCUAGAAUGUGCUCGCGCGCUCAACCUGCUUCUGUGGGGGAUUAUCGACGAAUGGGGCGAGGGCGAGAGUAAAAAUUGGAACGGGAACGGCCGCGAACGAGCCGUGCAAACGGUUUUGUAUUUAUAUUUCGUGCGUGAAGUUAGUAAUCCGCGAUCGGGUCAUGGCGUAUGUUAAUGUAGCCGAGUGGAAGCCGGACCAGGUGUGCGAAUGGCUGAAAGGUUUGGAUAGCACUGUACUUCCGUAUAUCCAUAGUUUCCUAAAUCAUGGCGUUUACGGACAACAGUUGUUGAACUUACAAUUGUCAGAUUUGGAAAGUUUGGGGGUAGUAAAGCUUGGUCAUCAAGAAAUCAUUCUUGAGGCUGUGGAAUAUCUUAGAAGAUUUCAUUAUGAGCUGGACCAAGAGAAUCUGCAACUGCUGGCAUUGCGACUUUCAACCCAGGCUCAUAGCUUGUACAAGGAAUUGUUUCGUCAGAACGAUUCGGAGCCUGUUACCACUCAAACGUUAUCGGAUGUAGCGUCAAUUAUGAUGGUGGUCAAACCUUUAGUGAGAUGGAUGGACUAUCCUCCGUUCAAUGGACACAUAGAAUAUCAUGGCAAGAAGGUUGAAUUAAUGAAGAUAUCUGUAGAAAUGGCUACGUGCGCGCAAAGAGAUAGAUUUGCCGAGAAGCCAGUCGAAGAAAUUAGAACAGCUUGUAAUAAACUUGCCAAAUUAGCGGAUUAUAUUAUUCAAGAUAUCACUGAUCCUAUAAUACUGCAGCCUGCAAGUUUAGAUCUGGCAACGUUAAAGAAGAAGUCUAGCGACGAUUUGGGUUUUUACAUUUUACCAUCUUUUCACGGAGUGCAUCAGAUAACUGAAAUCAAACUUGGAUCCGCCGCAUAUCAAUCUGGCAAAAUGCAGGAAGGAGAUGAGAUAGUUCAAGUAAAUUAUCAAACGGUGAUUGGUUGGGAGAGAAAGAAUUUGCUUGAAUUAUUUCGUGAAAGCCCAGCGGAAAUCCUCUUGACUAUGAAACGUAGACCAAAGCAUGCUAAAAUUUAUGGGCAAAUUUACAUACAACCGUAUAAACUUCCAAGUAACAAAAAUACCUCUUACACAGCACAAGGGCGUAGUCUUCCAUCCCCUAGACCAGAAUUAUUAACAAUACCUGACUUUGCAAUGCCAUCACCUAGACAUAUACCAAAGAAAACCAGUCCGGAGCCAGCAAGUAUUUUCGAUGCGGUUAAAAUGUUGGAUACAAUGACUACGGAGGCGAGCGAUUCCGACAGCGAAACAGAACUUUAUCUUAAACCGAGAAACUUGGUCCAAAGGCGAGCUACGAUAACAGGUGCCAGUCCCACAACCAAACAUGGUAUCAAUAUCGAACAGUUUUGGAAGGAGUUGAAACGAGAGCACAACGCGACUGUUCAGUUGCGCGAUAAAGCAGCAUCUUGCGCCCAUGGUUUGGACACGGUGCCAAUGGUAAAUAUACGGCCCCAAACGUGUUUAGGAUUAGAAUCGGCAAAAAAGAAGAACAAGACUACGGAGCAAACGAAUAAAAAAGUGCAAUUUAAGGAGAACGUGAUCGAUGUUAAAAGCACUCGUCCAGAUGAUGUAAAAGAAAAAGUUACUCCUACGCAAAACUGUGAUGACGAUGGUGCAAAUAUAAAUAAAGAUAUUAAUAUAGAACAUUUGCAAGCAUUCACGGAUAAUGUCACUGAUAGCAAUAAUUUAAAUGAUACACGCGUGCCUUUAGAUGAAUCUAAUACGUCUGUUAGCGAUACGUGUAGUAUUAAUGAAAGCAUGCUGAAUAACAAAGAACGCAGUAUGCGGUACGUUGAGAAAUGUAGUAACGUAGAUACAACUUGUAGUACUUGUGCAUAUGAUCUAUCGGAUAUUGAGAACGUAGACUUGACUGAUCCGUGCUUGCUCAAAAUAUCAAACAAUAAUAAAACAAAACCGGACGUUUAUAAAGUUGACGAGAAUGAUGGUCGCAAAAAAUUGAAAGAUGUAAGUAACGAGCAUAAAGAAGCUAGAAGAUGCGGUGGUAAUGUCGCGCGAAAAAUUAUCAACAUUGAAAAACAAAUUGCGCAUAAAAAUGCACAAGAACAAGCAUGUGCCUUUGGAGUGCCUAAAAGUAUAGACCUACGUAAAGUCAACAUAAAUGUCACAAUAAAUGACGUAAAUCUUGAAAAUAGCACAGAGGAGAAGAACCAAAAUGAUCUUGAACAUGACGACAAGUAUGCUGUCGAAAAACCAAGUACCGAAUGUGAGAAUGUCGUAAUAAACAAAUACUCUAAAACUAUUGAUUUAAAAAAUUCGGCACGCGAGUCGCGUGAGAAUGCUGCGUGUGGUACCUCAGAAAUGUCAAACACUAAAAUGGAAUGUAGUAAUAGUAACGGUACGCACAGUAGUAAUAGUAGUAGUAGUAAUAGUACUAGUACUAGUAGCAGUAGCAGUCACAAUAACAGCAGUAGUAGGAGUAGUAACAGUAGUAGUAGUAGUAGUAGUAGUGACGGUGGUGAUGAUGAUGAUGAUGACGGUGACGGUGGUAGGGAUGGUAGUAAGAGUAAUAGCAGCAGUAGUAACAGCAGUAGUAGUAGUAGUAGUAGUAUUAGCCACAGCAAUAGCAUCGAAAGAGACAAAACGCAAAAAUUUGAUAAAAAUUUACAAACAGCUGCGUGUACUUUUACUCAGCAUGCAGACGUACUCGAUGAAAAGUUUUCCUCAGUGCUAUCAAGAGAGACGUGUGCCGAGAAGGUAUCGCCAAAUAAUAAUACUAAAUUUGAAGACGACCUAUCGAAUAUUACUCGUAAUGUUUUAAAGAUGCAGAUUGACAUAAAGCAGCAAACUAAGGAAGCCAAGUCUGCGGCGUCGUCUUCGGUACAGGCCACGAUACAGUCCUGUCGUUUGAUAGAGUUACCAAAGGUCGAGUCUGUUGAAAAACUUGAGAAUAGAGCUCGUGCAACACCCCCAGAACCGCCGCCUCGUAAAUAUUACGCAAACCAAGCGUCAACUGACUUGAAAUUAAACAAUGUUCCAAAAAUUCUGGAGGAUUCGCAAAAACCUCAAGUUCCAGAGAGACUCGGCGUAAAACGAGAAUUUAAAAAAGUAGAAUCAAGUUCGUGUGUCGUUCAUAUUAAAAGCACGUCGGAUUGUCGAGAUAAAAAGGAUUCUUCGGGUAUGCGUAUGCUUAAUUACACGGAAAAUUCAAUGGAUCAAAUUGGUGACGCACCAACUUCAAGUUUAAGCGAUCAAAACGUUGAUCGUUUAAACUUGACUGAUGCUUCGUUGUAUAAUGAAAAUAAUGACGAGCACGCGAGAGAAGAAAAAUGUUGUUUUGAAACAUCUGUUGAAAAAUUCGUUUGCUCGGAUCAAUCCAUAACAGACUGUUAUAGGUUUGAUCAUUCUCCUCGCAAUGUCGAUUGUCCUGAUGGUAUAACACACUCGAAACAAACAAUACCGUCAGAUUUAAAGCCAAGAUUAUCAGAGAAGGAUAAAAAUAUUGAGAAAAGUGUUGUUAAUAGAGCUAUGAUGGUAGCUAAAAGUAUCGGCUUACAUAGUAGUUUAAAUAAAUCUAAUAGCAGUCCAAGAAGCACGAGGAAACGGAAUAUGUUACUGGCAAAAAGAAGAAAUGUAUCCGUAAGAGAUGUUGGUGCUGGCGAUUUAGAAGGAUGGCUGACAUAUCGUAGUAGAGGAGCAGGUGGCGCGUGGGCAAAGGCCUGGUUUGUAUUAAAGUGUUCAUCGUUGUACAGAUUUAAAACACAGGACGGUAUAAAGGCUGACUGCUUGAUCCUAUUAACGGGUUUUACCGUCGCGCCGGCUAGCGAAGUAAAAUCGAGGAAGUAUUCCUUCAAAGUAUAUCAUACGGGAACAGCGUUUUAUUUUGCCGCUGAUACCGAAGACACGUUGAUUCUGUGGCUGGAUGCAGUUGGUAAAGGCACUUUAGGUGCGGACACUCUGAACCAAAGUGUCGGGCUUUUUAGCGAAACCGAUGAGAGCGAUAACGAAGGUCACAAGAGUAAGCCGAAAUGUGUCUCGGAAUCUUCGAACGUAAGUCUGGAGAACGCGUUUGGCUCUUUGAAAAAAUCUGUACGAAGGGAUGCCGGAUCGUACAAGGAUCACGAACGUACUGGUGCAAGCUUGGAUCGAAAAUAUUUGAAAUUUCUCAGUGCCAGAAAUCAGAAUAUGCCUGUUCCAACAGCACAAUUUAGAAGUUACAGACGGGUGCUUCCUACCUCGACACCAACGAAGAAAGAAGUUUGCACGUCAACGUCUCCGGAUUUACAAAUGACGAUCGCUGGUAGUACAUUCUAUGGCUCGACCACGUCACAGAGUGCUACAGAUACGUUGAACAACUCAGACAUGAGUGAUUAUCGGCAUGCUACAGACAGAUCUGUUGGUACAAGACCGCCCAUCGUGCAAGGUUUCGUUACGCAAGAAGAAUUUUUGAUAUCGCAGCAAGAUGAGGAGCAACGAUCAAGUAUGAUAAAUGACGCGAUGUCUCCGCGCGCGACGCCUCUGCUCAGCGAUCACGUACACGUACAGCACAGAACGUUGAAUGAUAACGCGGCGUAUACCGAGCAACGUAGACAAACAGGUGACAUAUCUUUGAAUUACACGGCGACGCAUUAUGGCAAGACCAACGAUGAAAUACCAAACAACAUCAUUAAUACGUAUGUCCACGCGAAGAACACGAACGCACAUGUACAGACGCCUCGUCGAUCCAUCAAGGAUCAUACGUUUAUCAUUACCCGAUCUGAAAGCGAAGCAAGUUGCGCAAGUGAUAAAUCUUGCAGCAAAUGUAUGGCACGCGGACAAAAAAGGAUGUGGGACUCGUCAAGUUAUGCACAGAAGAGAAGACCGCGGGGACUUGUAAAUUCUCAGAAAACGAGACACGAUGAUUCGUUUCCGUGGAGAAACGCGUCAAGUCCAAGCAAGCAGACGUCUCCGAAUCAGAGUGCGGACUACGAACUUGACAGACGUGUACAAUCUCCCACGCGCGAAAGCUACAAGAUGCGUCAACAUCUUUCGAGGAAUAUCGGCUCGUCUGGAUCCAGUAACGAUCUCGCGAGUCACGCAUCGUCUGAAACGCAGCAGUGCGUAAAGAAAGAUGCAUCGAUUAGUCGGAAGGGGAGCUUCAAUCUUACUAAUCGUCACGAUUACACGUCUUCCGAUAAACAUUGGCUAGAUUCGCUGAGACGCGGCGACAAGAAAGGAUCGAGUUGUGACAAAAAUCGUCUGAAGAACGUCGCGCAGUAUCAACCACCUCCGAUACCAACCGCGCCCUUCGAGCAGGAUGGAAUGCGUGCCACGUUCGAAAUGCAUUUAGAUAAAAGCGAUCACGUACAGAAAGCGAGUCGCCUGAAAGUUUUAUUCGGUACGAAACAGCAAAAACCCUGUACCUUGGAUCUUCCUAAAAAUACCCAGAAAACCGUCGUAGAAGCAGGUUCGCCACGGUUGCACAGAGCGCUAUUUUGGGAUAAGUGUUGCUCCAAUCACGCGCACCAUCACGCGUCUACUUGUUCCGGCAGUCAAAGUCCUAGUGGGAUCAGUCAGAUUCACAGUUCUUUCAACGACGACAAGAGUCCUUCUCAGUUUACUCAAACUUCCAAUCCACUUAGUUUGGUCAGUGAUUGGAGUCCGGAUGCAAUAACAUCCUCCAACAUAUCAAAAUACGACAGUGGAUAUUCGUCCAACCACAAGGGCUCUGGCAGGAAUAUGGCACCUCCAAUGUUACCGUACAUACCGCCACCAACAUCUCCGCCACCCGAUUAUCCUGGUUUGGAAUAUCCACCGGUAUUCGAACCCGGGACUUAUUCUCUUUCGGAUGCAUCGUUGCUGCGCACGCGGAACAAAAGUACUCAGAACACAGGCCAAUAACAUAAAACGAGCCAACGUCAUCUUUUUAAUAAAGCAACCAAAGAUAAUACGUUCUUUAUAUCGACAGAUUAUAAACAUAGAGAUAUACGUGAACUUACAAAUAAUAGAAGGUUAUAGUAUCUCUAUUCGCUGCUAUCAAGUAUUCUAAAAAAUACGCGUCCAUCUCUCAUUAGUUCCACAAAUGACGUUUACAUAUUUAUAUAGCUAUAUCGAACGUAUGGAGUAUUUAUUUUUCUGCUAAUGUACGUAUAUUGAAGACGAUGAGAUAUAUUUUGCGAAUCGAAUCAAGUAUAAUAAUAUGGAAGACUGAACUGAAUGUUAUCUAUAUAAUGUCGUCUAUUAUAUAAAUACUGUACGUUGAGAUUUGUCUGUUUCAAAAUAAUUUUAGAUUCGGAAAAAUGUAAAAUUUAAUGUUGACAUUGUUAAAAGUAAAUUUUUUACACGUAAGUCAACUCAAUGAGAUUCUUGAAGCACGUUAGGAAUUUAUUUUAUAUAUAUAUAUAUAUAUAUAUACACACACACACACACACACAUUUUCUUACGUGCUUAUAUGCUUAAUGAAGAUGAUAACCUCUUAGCUUAAUGAAGAUGAUAUAGUAAGUAUGCUACAUGCGUGCGUGCACGCACAGUGCGUGUUAAUAAGGUAUUACGUGCGCAUAUGCACCACAAUAUAGUAAUAUCUUCUUAAUAUUAAUCAACUCGAUGAUAUUAUCAUAUUUAUAAGAUUGUAAAAUGUAGCGCGUUAUCUUUUGUUUAUCAUGGAACGUACUCGUCCAUAUAUUUUUUUACAAUCAACUGUUUAUAGUAAAUAAAAAUCUCAACUUGUA